GUUGAAAAGAUUUUGUCUCAGCACCAAGUUUUUCCAUGCAUUUGUAUCCACUUCUGCAUUUAUAAAGUAGUUGCAAAAUAUUAUUGUCUUUAAGUUUAUCCGCAGUAUAUGUAUAUUGAGUUCUCAUUUAUUAGGCAUAAAUUCACAAUAAUCUAUUCCUAAUUAAUAUUUUCAGGAUGUAAACUAAUGCAGCCUACACUAUACACAACUUAGAAUAGAGAAUAAGAUGUAAACUGAAUAAAGUUAAACAACUUGCAGUAGUGGAGUACAAAAUCAUUUUAUGUGAAUUUUAGCUUUGUGAAGCAGCAAGCAUUUAGAAUUUAAAGAGCAACACGUAACUUGGUAUUAUCAGUGUAUUGUAGAGUUAUAGAAGGGAAGGAAAUGUAUAUUAUCUGCAGUGUUGGGAAAUGCUAUUUUGAAACCUGUUGAAGCUGAACGCAACUCUUCAUUGGAAAUGGUUACAGCAACACUACGCACACUCAUAAAAAGCAGCUUAAAACAUUAAAGAUGCUUUAAGGAACAGCUACUUAUAGUUCAAUAAAGUAUAGCAGUGUAAAGUAGUAUAAAUAAACACACUCUAUUUUCUGCAAUAAUGUACGAGCACACAAUACAAACGAAUAAAUGAAAAAUAUGUGGCUCUUUAAAGUCAUGAUGGUGAAAAAUUGACUUUAAAUGGUAAACAACUAUACAACUAGACACAUAUAACUAAACAUAUAGCAAUGCAUACAUAUCAAACGGGUACACUAGAAGAGAAUAAAUAAAUAAAUAAAUAUCCUUAUGGCCAGUACUGGCACGCAACCAUGUCGUGACGUAAACCCUUUUUACUCAGGCGCGUCUGUGGGCCGUCCCGGGUCCUGAGGCGGGAUGUGAUAGGUCUGGUCUCAUUGCGGUGCAGUCUCCUUCAGCUCGCCCUCCAACCGGUGACGCCUGCCUCGGCCGUGCGGUGUGAGGAACAUCUCCAAUAAAGUCACUUUAGUUUACUGCUAGCCCCUUUCUGCACCGAUACAAUGGCUGUGCCUCCCUGCUAUGCUGACCUGGGCAAGUCUGCCAAGGACAUCUUCAACAAAGGCUAUGGAUUUGGCUUGGUGAAGCUCGACGUCAAGACAAAGUCAGCCAGUGGAGUGGAAUUCAAAACAACUGGUUCCUCCAACACUGACACCAGCAAAGUUGCUGGCAGUCUGGAAACUAAAUACAAGAGGUCAGAAUACGGCCUGACCUUCACUGAGAAGUGGAACACUGACAACACUUUGGGAACAGAAAUCACUGUUGAAGAUCAGAUUGCCAAGGGGCUGAAGUUGACUUUUGACACAACCUUCUCUCCAAACACUGGCAAGAAGAGUGGCAAAGUCAAGACCGCCUACAAGCGUGAGUUCGUUAACAUGGGCUGUGAUGUGGACUUUGACUUCGCUGGCCCCACCAUCCACGGAGCUGCUGUCGUUGGAUACGAGGGGUGGCUCGCCGGUUACCAGAUGAGCUUUGACACCGCCAAAUCCAAGAUGACCCAGAACAACUUUGCUAUUGGCUACAAGACUGGAGACUUCCAGUUGCACACCAACGUCAAUGACGGAGCUGAGUUUGGAGGCUCCAUCUACCAGAAGGUGAGCGACAAGCUGGAGACGGCAGUCAACCUGGCCUGGACCGCUGGCAGCAACAGCACACGCUUCGGUAUUGCAGCCAAAUACCAGCUGGACAAGGAUGCCUCCGUCAGUGCUAAAGUGAACAACAAUAGCCUUGUUGGUGUUGGGUACACCCAGACACUUAGACCAGGUGUGAAACUCACCCUGUCUGGCCUGGUCGAUGGCAAGAACAUCAACGCAGGAGGCCACAAGCUGGGUCUGGGCUUGGAACUGGAAGCCUAAGCUUUCUUCAUACUGCAAGGAACUAGGGGAUAUCAGAUGAAUCUGGCCUUAAUGUAUGUCCAACUCAAACCAGCAGUGGGAUAUCUUUUGGAGAGAUUGGUUCAAAGGCUACGACAACAAACUUGUGGAGCACCACUUCAAGCUGGUGCUUCUGUCAUUGGUAUAUUUUACCUCUGUUGCUUUUUACUUUGUAGUUCUCUAUUCAAGAGACAGUUGGUGGCAUAUUAUUUAUAAAUUGUCAUUUGUCCUGUCCAUUACUGCCAUAAUAAUGAAAUCCAAUACAAUCCCUUUACCUGUCAUCAUGUCUGUGUGGCUUUAUUGUGAUAAUCCCAGACACUCCGUUUUUUGUGAGAACAUCAGUUUACGGUUUUGUGUGGUGAGCGUUUUCAUACCUUCUCUCUGAUUUUACAAUCAUAACCAUCUGAUAUUCCUUUGUCAUCUACAGUUCUCAUUUGCAAACCAUGUUAAUUACACUAGGCUUUUUCUGCUAUUAUUUAAAAAUAUGCUGCACCCUUCCUGUUCAUGCACACAAGGACAAACUAAAGUUCUGUCGUGUUUUGUUUCGUGUCGGCCAUCAAGGUUUGCGAUGUUCUGUUAAAGCUCCCCUUAAACUGGGCAGUUUCUGGGUUGCUUAAAAGUGGGGUCUAAGUUUCAGAAACCUGUACACUUGGCCGACCAAGCAGAAUUUUGUUUUUGUUUAUUCUGUACUAACAGGUACUGGGGGGGGGCAAGUAAUCAAUGUUCACAGUAAUGCCAAACUAUCGGUGUCCGGAAGAGGCGUAACAUUAAGUUGCACCUGUGCACUCUUGGAAAGUUCUUCCCUGUACUGGGCAGAGACGGCGCCCACAUGAUGUCUUGGAGGUCCUUAUGUGUAUGUAUGAAUUUUCAAUAAAGUCUUUGAACUCCA